AUGAUCCUCAAGCGCGUCUCGAUCAACCUGAUGCAACUGGUUGCGCUUUCAAGCGUUGUGUUUGCAUCGGAAACGCGGUGGAGUGUUUUGUCGUGGAUGUCGAGCAGUGUUUGCACUUUGAUCGUCUUCCCGUCCGCCACCCAGCAAUGGUCGUUGCUCGGCUUGAAUCUGUGGCCAAGCCAGACCAUCGAGGAGCCUUCGAACGGAUUCGAUUUGAGCGGAAAUCCAAUUUCGAGGGUUCUGAACUUCUUUCCCACCCCGGUGCAAGAGGAGUGCCUAUCCCGGGACAAACGACGACAGGGCGUAUGCAUGAACACGUAUGAGUGCCGCAUUCAACGGGGGAAGUCCCAUGGACGGUGCGCGCUCGGGUUCGGCGUGUGCUGCAUAUUCACAGCAAGUUGCGAGAAGGAGGUGCAAAAUAACCUGACUUACGUGAUCAGCCCUGGUUUCCCCAACCUCAUUGACUGGCCCAUGAACUGUUCAGUGGUUGUGCGGAAGAUCGAUAGGCAGGUCAGCCAGCUAAGGAUCGAUUUCGUCCACUUCAACAUAGGUCAACCUAACUCUAGGACGGGCGUAUGUGACGAUGACAUCAUGGAAAUCAGAAAUGGCAGGAGCGUGUUUCAAAUGUGCGGCUGGAACAGCGGCCAGCAUUUGUACAUAGACCUGGACGAAGACGACGAGCCACUGACGUUGGACUUCCGGUUGCCCAGUGGUCUCCAGUCGAGAAUGUGGGAGAUGAGGAUCGUUCAGUUGGAUUUCGAGCAGCGUGCGCCGACAGGCUGUCUCCAGUACUACCAAGGUUUCAACGGCACCCUGAAGACGUUCAACUUUCUGUCGAACGGCAGAUUUCUGGCCGAUCAGGAUUAUCUUCUGUGUAUUCGUCAGGAGAGAGGGAUGUGCGGGAUCGCUUACGUACCCUGUUCUCCGGAUUCGUUCCGUAUCGGACCACCCAGGAUGCAGAUUCUGAACAACACGAGUUUCAAUUCGUCGACGAUCGGCGAGAGUUCUGACUUGAAUUCAACAGCCACGAAUGCGGUGAACGUAGUAGAGUCCACGAACAACACGGAAGCGGACGUCGAGGGAUCAGGGUCGAAUCCAAUGGGGGAAGCUGGGACUAUGAUUAAUGCGACCACUCCGAUGGACCAGGAAGUCAGUGCGUCGACCAAUACGGUUUAUGGGCAGGAACGGUGCAGGGACAGGGUGCUCAUUCCUUGCGACUUCGAGGAGUUUAUCACGCCUGGCAACAACGAAGCUGGGAUUUGCAACCUUGAACAUUGCGGUAACUCGUUGUGCGAUCGGAACGAGCUGGACGAAGAAGGGAAUUGCCGCGUGGAAACGUGGGCAACGCCCUUUCGCAUCAGGGUGGCUUUUGGUCCUGGACAGGACACAGGGACCACACUGGAGGACAAUAUUGGUAUGUGUCUCAUGUACGAACAACUGCCUUGUAUAGCUUGA